AAUAUUCCUCGUCAAAAGAAAAAUGCCGCUGCCAAGAAGAAACGUAAUGAUAAAGGUAUUUUGAUAAUAAUUAUUACUGUUACAAUCAUCAUCUUGUGUACUAAUACUGAGUUGGUUUUCUGCGUUGACAGUGGAAUUCGCGUAUUUUCUUUUACAAGUCAAGUACACAAUAGAAAAUGUUCGAAAUGAACACAGCCGAACCUAUGCAGGUGGAUGUUCCACCUGAAGAUAAUGAAAACAAUGAAACAGAAUGUUAUGUAGUUGAAAAUCCCACUUUGGAUUUGGAAACUUACGCCGCUUCUUAUACUGGUUUUGCUAAGCUGUAUAGACUGAUGUUUGUAGCUGACCACUGCCCUUCUCUUAGAUUAGAAGCACUUAAAAUGGCUAUAUCUUACGUCAUGACAACAUACAAUGUAAGUCUUUAUCAAACACUCCACAAGAAACUUGCUGAAGCAGUCGCAUCUGCCGGCUUGCCAGAUGUUGCAGUUCAAAUGGGUUCACAAGAUAUUCCAGUCAUGGACUCUAUAUGGAUAGAAUCAAAAACCAAGAAGGCUGCUAUUAAGUUGGAGAAGUUAGAUACAGACCUCAAAAAUUACAAAACAAAUUCAAUAAAGGAGAGUAUUCGGAGAGGUCAUGAUGACCUUGGCGAUCAUUACCUUGACUGUGGAGACCUCACAAGUGCAUUGAAAUGCUAUUCAAGGGCCAGAGACUACUGCACAAGUGGCAAACAUAUAAUAAUGAUGUGCCUGAACGUUGUGAAAGUGUCAGUGUACUUGCAAAACUGGGCUCAUGUUCUUAACUAUGUGUCCAAAGCAGAAGGCACUCCAGAUUUCAAUGAAGUCCCUGGCAAAGACUGUAACCAGUCAAUACUGACCCGCUUAAAAUGUGCGGCUGGCCUGGCUGAAUUAGCAACCAAGAAGUACAAGUCUGCUGCAAAACACUUCUUAGCAGCCAGCAUUGAUCAUUGCGACUAUCCAGAGCUUUUAAGCAGCAAUAAUGUUGCCAUAUAUGGUGGAUUGUGCGCACUUGCUACCUUUGAUCGCUCUGAACUACAGAAGCAAGUCAUAGUUAGCAGUUCUUUUAAAUUAUUUUUAGAAUUAGAGCCGCAGUUGCGUGACAUUAUUUUUAAAUUUUAUGAAUCCAAGUAUGCUUCUUGCUUAAGGCUACUGGAUGACAUAAGAGAUAAUCUACUGUUAGACAUGUAUUUAGCCCCACAUUUGAACUCACUCUACAUGCAAAUAAGGAACAGGGCAUUAAUCCAGUACUUCAGUCCAUACCUGUCGGCUGAUAUGCGCCUCAUGGCUGCAGCAUUUAAUCGUACAGUGAAUGCUCUUGAAGAUGAAUUGAUGCAACUCAUACUAGAUGGCCAAAUCCAGGCCCGUAUUGAUUCCCAUAAUAAAAUUCUGUAUGCUAAAGAUGUUGAUCAGAGAAGCACAACUUUCGAAAGAAGUCUGGCUAUGGGAAAAGAGUACCAACGGCGAACUUCAAUGCUUAUUUUACGUGCUGCAAUGCUCAAAAAUCAAAUCCAUGUGAAGAAUGUUGGCCGAGACACUGGGCCUCAGAGUGGUGAAGCCCCAGGAUCCAGCACUAGCCUCACUCCUCGUACCUUUGACACUGUGCCCUUGUGAUGAAUUUACUCAUAAUUAGACUACUGAACAUUUUGGCGUGACAAUUUAAAUAACAUAAUCAACCAAUUCAGAACAAACAUUUGAAUGAUGAACAAAUGUUGUAAAAUAUUUUCUAAUUAAUCCCAUAGAGGACAUGUGCUGUAUUUUUAUUGUCACGUAAAAUCAGAUCUUAUUUUUUAAAGAACUCUUUUAUGUAUUGAGUAAUUUCUGCUUUUGUUUUUUGUUUAAUGAGACUGCAGGAGUAGGCCCACAGAGUUUCAACAGUUCUGCCAUUGCAAACUACUGAUAAUUAUUGUUUUAAGGAAAAUGUUUUAUCAGCAAUCACAGAAACUUGAACAGCUGGUGCAAGCAUUAUUUCUCAACAUUGUUUAUACUGGAUUAUUCUAUGUAACCACAAAAUAUUAUGUCUACGUAAUUUUUAAUUAAAAAGUAAAGGCA